AAUCUUUCCGAACGAAGAAAGAAAGCAGACUUAACAACACUCCUGAAAACAUUAGAGGAAUUUUGGCAUCAAGGUAUGGUGACAGAAAAUGAGAAUGUCUUGAUUAAGAAGUGUGCACUGAAGACAGGUCUGAAUGACAUUAUGGUGAAGAAUUGGAUCCACUUCCAAAAUUCUGCUCAGAAACCAGUGACGCACAAUAGGAUGAAUAAUGAUAAGUCAGAAAGACUGGUGUUCUCAAUUUGUAAACAAGGUCUUAGCAGAGAACUUUUAAGAAAGGGAGUUCAAGAACUCUUCAACUCAAAAUAUGAGCAAUCAAGUGGGAAUAAGAGGAUGUCCUACAAGAAAGUUGCUGCAGGACUCAUUAGCAGCAGGGGUCUCCCAGAAGGAUGUGUACUGAAACAACCAUCACAGUAUGCUCUAAGUGAACUUUUGGCACUCCUUUCAUGUAGCAAGGAAUUAAAAAUCUUUGAUACAUCAAACAGCCAUUAUGCUAAUGGAGAAUCAAAUGAUGAAAUUGAUGAACAAUCUCCAUCUGCAUUGGAAGAUGUUUCAGUAAAUGAAAUACCAAGUGAUGAUGAUGAUGAUGAUGAUGAACUGCAUCAGCAGUGUCUUAAAGAAAGAAAUCCAUGGGAUAACCCAGAAGUUCUGAGACAGAAAGUUCAAGAACUACUUAAUGCUAAAUAUGAGCAAUCAAGUGGGAAUAAGAGAAUAUCAUACAAGAAAGUUGCUGCAGGACUAAUUAGCAGCAAGGGUCUCCCAAAAGGAUGUGUACUGAAAAAACCAGGGAAUUAUGGGCUGUUGGACAAAAUGGCAAUCCUGUCAUCUAGUAAAGAAAUAGAAAUCUUUGAUACACCAGACAAGAAUAAUGCAAAUGGAAAGUCAAAUGAUGAAAUUGAUGAACAGUAUCUUGAAAAACCACAAAAUAGCUGGGAACCUUUAAGGAAGGAAGUUCAAGGACUUUUUAACUCAAAAUAUGAGCAAUCAAGUGGGAAUAAGAGGAUAUCCUACAAGGAUGUUGCUGCAGGACUCAUUAGCAGCAGGGGUCUCCCAAAAGGGUGUGUACUAAAAAAUCCAUCAUGUUAUGGGCUUUUUGACAGUUUGGCAAUACUCUCAUGUAGUAAAAAAAUAGAAAUAUUUGAUACACCAAAUGGGCAUAAUGCUAAUGGAGAAUCAAAUGCUCCAUCUGCAUUGGAAACUGUUUCAAGUAAUGAAAUUCCAAUUGAUGGUGGUGAUGAAGGACAUAAGGAGUGUCUUGAAGAAAGUAAUCCACAGUAUAAAAAAGAUGUUAGAAAGAAAGUUCAAGAACUUUUUAACUCUAAAUAUGAGCAAUCAAGUGGGAAUAAGAGAAUAUCGUACAAGAAAGUUGCUGCAGGGCUCAUUAGCAGCAGGGGUUUCCCAGAAGGAUGUGUACUGAAAAAACCAUCGUGUUACGGGUUGUUUGAUAAAUUGGCAAUCCUUUCAUGUAGUAAAGAAAUAGAAAUAUUUGAUACACCAGACGGGUAUAAUGCAAAUGGACAGUCAAAUGAUAAAAUUGAUGAACUGUAUACACCAGACGAAAACAAUGCAAAUGGAAAGUUAAAUGAUGAAAUUGACGAACAGUCUCUAUCUGCCUUCGAAGAUAUUUCAGAAAAUGACGAAGAUCAGCAAUGGGAGUGCAUUGAUUUUUACAGCAUUGAUAGUCCGGAAUCAGAUGAUGAAAUCGUAAACAAUGAUUUGUCAAAACCGAUGAACAAUCUACAAUCUCCAAAAACAAAUGACCAUGAAGAAAAAAUAGAAACUGAAAGAGAAAGGUCGUCUUUUCUAUGUGAACAUUGUGGAGUUAAAUUUGCUUACCGCAGCCGUUUUAGAAUGCAUAUGAUGAGACACACAGACGAAAGACCCUAUGAAUGUGAACAUUGUGGAAAGACAUUCAUAAAGCGUUCCAAAUUGAAAAGACAUUUGAGAAUGAUACACAUGAAAGAAGCGAUGCACGAAUGCGAAUGCUGUGGUCCGAAUUUGACACAGGUCUGCGAUUUUGAAGAACAUUUCCAGCCACACACAGAAGCACUGUAUGUAUGUGAAUAUUGUGAAUACACGUUUAAGGAACGUUGCAGGUUAAGACAACAUUUGAUGAUGCAUACAGGAGAGAAGCCAUACAAAUGUGAACAUUGUGGAAAGGAAUUUAAAGAGAUCCAUGGUUUGACAAUUCAUUUGAAGACACAUUCAGGAAAAACGCCAUACGAAUGUCAACAUUGUGGAAAGAAAUUUCGGGUAAAUCAAAGUUUCCAAAAACAUUUGAGAAUGCAUGCAGGACAACCACUGUUUAUAUGUGAACAUUGUGGAAAAAAGUUUAAACACCGUAACAGUUUUAUGCGACAUUUGAUGAUACAUACAGGAGAGAAACCAUUUGAUUGUGGACAUUGUGGACGAAGAUUUAAAGACCGCGGCACUCUGAAAAACCAUUCGCGGAUACACACAGGAGAAAAACCAUUUAAAUGCACACACUGUGCAAAGAAGUUUAGAAGCAGCGGCACUUUAAAGAUGCAUUUGGCAAUACAUACGGAAGAGACACCAUACGAAUGUACACAUUGUUACAAGAAAUUUAAAAGAAAAAACGAUUUGAGGUCACAUUUGCGAAUGCACACGGGAGAGAGGCCAUAUAAAUGUGAACAUUGUGGAAAGAUGUUUAAACACAAUUGCAAUAUGAAAAGACACAUGAUCUCGCAUACAGGAGAAAGGCCGUAUGGAUGCGAGCACUGUGGAUGGAAAUUUAAAGACCCAACUGAUCUGCGAAGGCAUUUGCGAAUUCACACAGGGGAGACAGCUUACGAGUGUGAAUAUUGCUCGAAGAAGUUCAGAUACUGUAGAACUUUUAAGUCGCAUGUGAGAAUGCAUACAGGAGAAAGACUAUACCAAUGUGAUUAUUGUGACGAGAAGUUCAAGGAUAGUAGGUGCUUGAAAAGACAUUUGAGGACACGUCAUGCAGAGACACAAUGAAUGUGAACAUUUUGGAAAUAAAUUUAAAGACACUAGGCGAUUGAAAAAUAAUUUUUUAUUGAUAAUUACUAUACCAUUUAAAUCUUGAAGAAAGUUUGAUGAUACUCAUAGUGUCCGAGAUGAUUAUGGAAGGCUUAUCAAAAUUCAUACUUCUUUACUGUUGAAUCCUAAAAUCAACAUAGGCUAAAGUUCUGUCUACACUAUAACAUUUUCUUUGAUGACAAAAUGUUGUAUGCCUAUAUAUAAUCAUGGUCCUGUACAGUAUAUGGUCAUGAUGUGAAAGAAUUGAUAGUCUGGACGGGGCUUUAGAAGCUUUUUUCAAGCUCUGUCCACACUAUGGAAUUAAUAUCUAUGAUUUGCUGAGAGAUCAUACUGUACACUUGACAGUACUGUGCAUAUCAAGCUAUUGACAUAUAUAACUGGUAUUUUGGACAGAACUUAAUGCAUUAUAAGUUAAUUAGAUUUGACCAUCAAGUAGAUCCUUAUUAAGCUUCUGUCCACACCCAAAUUAUAUGUGAUGUGCCCAUAUAUGGGCAUGAUGUUUUCAUAUUAUACCCAAAUAUUGCCAUAUCAUAAUUGGUCCCAUAAAAUUUGAUAGUGUGGACAGAAUUUAAGCACCUUUUAGUAAGCUACACCUCUUGCUAUUAUGUUGAGUGUGGUAUUUUAUAAACUGAAUAAAGCCAAUAAAUAGUUGAAUUGUUAA